AUGGCCGCCGCAUCCACAGCCGCCGCGGGCGCCGACGCGCCCUUCCGCUUCCCGCGCGAGUACUCGUUCCCCGCCUUCUUCACGCGGCAGACCAACCUGACCACCCACCACGCCCAGCUGUCCAAGUGGUCCGCCCUCGUCCUGGCCUACGCGCGCCACCACCGCGUCUUCCGGCUCGGCCUCUCCGCCGCCGCCGACUCGGACCUCUUCUACAACCGCCGGCUGGACCGCCGGCUGGGCAUGCCCGACAUCCGCGAGCUGCUCGACUUCAUGAGGCGGGACGGGCGGAUCGAGUACGCGUCCGGCGGCGGCGGUGACGGGGGAGGAGGGGAGGGGGGAGGGGGCGAGGGGGACGUCGUGUUCGUGUACUGGCGCAAGCCGGAGGAGUGGGCGCGCAAGAUCGAGAAGUACGUCGAGGAGACGGGGCAGAAGGGCAGCGUGCUGACCGUGUACGAGCUGGGGCAGGGGGAGGGGACGAGGGGCACUGACAUACACGGCAUCGACAACGAGGUGCUGCUCAAGGCGCUGAAUGUCCUCGUUCGGAAGGGGAGGGCUCAGAUUUUCGGCCAGGAUGACUCGCAGGGUGUCAAGUUCUUCUGA